UUAAGGAGCUGAUAGGAGAAAGAAAUGUCUGCUUUAGCUGUUCUUCACAUAAUAUUCAGCUCGUGUAUCAUAUUAUUUGCCUUGUCUCAUGACGAAUUUCGUAGAGAUGUAUUUCAGAGAUUUGAUGACUAUGUACAUCGAUAUAACAAAAGCUACAAAUUUGGAACAAUGGAGUUCAAGAGAAGGGAAUCAAUUUUCGAACAAACUUUGCGUAGAGUUGAAUGGCUAAACAGACAUCGGAAUUCUACCCAUGCUGCUUUGUAUGGGAUAAACCAGUUCUCAGAUUUAACUCCAGAGGAAUUUAAAAAUUAUGUACAUCUUGCGAAAGUCAAUGUUACACUUAAAAAAUCGUAUCCUCGGAAAAAGAAUUUGUUUCAAAGCAAAAGUAUUCUGGAAAAAUUGCCCAAAAAAGUUGACUGGAGACAUAAAAAUGUUAUAAGUUCAGUAAAUGAUCAAGAGCAAUGUGGUGCUUGCUGGGCUUUCAGCACUGUUGAAACAGUGGAGAGUAUGUAUGCUCUGAAAUAUGGCAGUCUUGAAAGGUGGAGUGUACAGCAGGUUGUUGAUUGUGCAGCAGCACCAAAUAAAGGAUGCGAAGGUGGAGAUACUUGUUUGACUAUUGGAUGGCUGUAUGAGAGUGAGACUGAAAUUGUUCUUGCAGAAGAUUACCCUUUUAAAGGUAUAACUGGGAUCUGUGCAAAGGAUGUCAAAUCUGAUAAAACUGUACGAGUUGCAAGAAAUUUUACUUGCGAUAGCUUUGUUGGGGAAGAAUAUCUGAUGUUACUUCAUCUUGCUUACCAUGGUCCUCUCAUAGCUGCAGUUGAUGCUUCAGGAUGGCAAGAUUACUUAGGAGGAAUUAUACAGUUUCAUUGUGAUUCUGAACGAAAUCAUGCUGUCCAAAUUGUUGGUUAUGACCUAACUGGGGAAGUACCUUACUAUAUUGUAAGAAAUUCUUGGGGAACUAACUUUGGAAAUGAUGGAUAUCUUUAUAUAGCUGUUGCCAAAAAUAUGUGUCGUAUUGCAGAAGAAGUAUCUUCACUAGAUGUGCUUUGAUUUUGUUUUUAUCAUAAACUGUUAGUAACAAAGCGAAUUUUAUUAAUUUUUUGUUUUGUUUUUGUAUAGUUAUAAUUUUAUCUUGAUUUUUGCAAUUUUAUUAAUAAAAACUAAAUUUUCUUAGUUUUUCUUUUAAGUAAUUUUUGACAUGUACUACAAAGAAUUCUCCCAACUAGUCAUGUGUUUAUAUUUUGAGAAAUUUAGGGAAAAUUAAUAAGAAUUUUGUAGAAGACUAGAUUAGUAAGAUUUAGUACACUAGAUUCUUAGAAUUUUUCUUGCUUUGGCUAUAAAUGGUAUGUUUCAAAUUACAGUUAAAAACUGUAGCAUCUACUUCGUUUUAUAUAUUUAGAUAAUAUAUUUUUCUAAUGUUAUAUUUUUUUGUUUUUUUAAUAAAAGGUUGAUGAUUUUCAAACUUUUUAUAGUGUGUUUUUGAAAAUAAUUAUACUUUUUUAAAUAAAUGAUGCUGCAUCAUCACUUUAAAAACCAUGAACAAAAUUUUUGUAUUUGUA